AUGCUCAAGGUAGCCGCCUUCGCGUGUGUGUGGGCAGCCGCUUGGUGCAGUCAGGGUGUUGUAACGGCGGCGGCGGCGGCAGCGACGGGAGCCGCGGGCAGAUCAGACAGCGGCAAUUUUCUGGAUGAUAAACAGUGGCUUACAACUAUCUCCCAGUACGAUAAGGAGGUUGGACAGUGGAACAAAUUCCGAGACGAAGUCGAGGAUGAUUAUUUUCGCACAUGGAGUCCACCUAGACCCUUUGAUCAAGCUUUAGAUCCAGCUAAAGAUCCAUGUUUAAAGAUGAAAUGUAGUCGCCAUAAGGUUUGCGUUGCUCAAGAUCAACAAACUGCUGUUUGCAUUAGUCACCGAAGACUGACACACAGUAUGAAAGAGGCUGGACUAGGUCAUAAACAAUGGAGAAUCGGCCCUCUUUCAUCAAAAUGCAAGCAGUGUCCAGUAGUUUAUACCAAUUCUGUUUGUGGAUCAGAUGGCCACACAUACUCUUCACAGUGCAAACUAGAAUAUCAAGCCUGUGUCUCAGGAAAACAGAUCUCAGUAAAGUGUGAAGGACGUUGCCCUUGCCCUUCAGAUACAUCCACAAGCACAGGGAGAAAGAGGGGAUGCAGCGACCUGGAGUUCAGAGAGGUUGCCAACAGAUUGCGAGAUUGGUUCAAGGCUCUUCAUGAAAGUGGAAUUCAGAAGAGGACUAGAAUUGUACAAAGACCUGAAAGAAGUCGAUUUGACACAAGUAUUUUGCCAAUUUGCAAGGACUCCCUUGGCUGGAUGUUUAACAGACUUGAUACAAACUACGACCUACUAUUGGACCAGUCAGAACUUGGAAGCAUUUACCUUGACAAGAAUGAACACUGUACCAAGUCUUUCUUCAAUUCCUGUGAUACUUACAAGGACAGCUUGAUAUCUAACAAUGAAUGGUGCUAUUGCUUUCAGAGACAGCAAGACCCACCUUGCCAGACAGAGCUGACCAACAUUCAGAAACAGCAGGGAGGAAAGAAGCUUCUAGGGCAGUAUAUCCCCUUAUGUGAUGAAGAUGGGUACUACAAACCAACUCAGUGUCAUGGAAGUGCUGGGCAGUGUUGGUGUGUUGACAGAUAUGGCAAUGAAGUAACAGGAUCCAGAACACAUGGUGCUGCAAACUGUGCUAUUGAUGUAGAAACAUCAGGCGAUUUUGCCAGUGGUGAUUUCCAUGAAUGGACAGAUGAUGAGGAUGAUGAUAUGACAAAUGAUGAAGAUGAAAUUGAAGAUGAUGAUGAAGAUGAAGGUGAUGAUGAUGAUGACGAUGAUGAUCAUGAAGGCUAUAUUUGAAGCUUUUUGCUAUGACUAAAAUUGUCUUUCUAAAAAUUUACAAGACAACCCAGAAAAUUCCUAUAUCCUCAAAAAUCAAAAGGAUUCUAAAUAACAUGUAUAUUUUGUAUGAUUAUUUGAAAUAUUGCAGCUGGAGUCAUAGACUUUCUUUGUUUAAAUGAAAAUCAUUAUAUUAUGUGUUGUUUUUAUAUGCCACUGAGCAGAAGAAAACACACAGGAAUCUAGACUGAAGAAAGAAACACUUAAAAAACAAAAACCUCAUAAAUGUGCAGAUAGUCACAAGGACAACCAAACUUAAAACCAUCUGUGAAAAAGGCAUCUUCUAUUUGGGAAUAUGUGUUAAUGGCUGCUUCCAGCAAAUGCUGUGUUAUAAAUAAAGCAACAUAAGCUUUAGCCAUGAUUUAGAUCGUAUGGACUUUUGUUCAAAAUAUGCUUGGGCAGGGCAAGGAAAGUAUGAUUAAAACAUGCUGCCAGCUUUACAGUGUGCAAGAGGAAGGGAGAAGCUGUGACUAGGGAAGAAGUGGUCAGGUCCUCUUUUGUGUUUGCAACUCUUACAUUUUGACUUUAAAAUUAUUAAGGUCUUGAAUUAAGUUUUAAAUGCAGUAAAAGCUCCAAAAUCAUAGAUUCUGCAAAUCUGAAGUUUUGUUGUCCUUUUGUUCUCAAUUUUUCCAGCUAUUUUCAAAAUUGCAUAAGCUGGUUAUGUGUGCAAGCAGCCUUGUUUAUUGUACUGUUUUUCUAUAGCAUUCUAACCUCAAAAUUAGUUUAACAUAUUUUAACGGGAAAACUUUGCAUAAAGAAUAUGUUUAUAUAAAACUAUACUUGAGAAUGAUACUUCCUCCAAGAAAUGCUUUCAAACUCUUAACUAUGGGGUUUUAGUUUUUCAGUUCCCAACUACUUUUGCAUUUCUGUUCUCAUUCUUCCCCUUUUUGGUUGCCAGUUACAAACUUUAGAUGAGUUAUUGUAAGGUGCCUUGCAAAAUAGAAAUAGGAAGAUUUAUAGCAUGCAUACCAAUAUAAGAUUAUUAGGCAAUAGCCGAGUAUUCCAAAUUUAAUAUCAAUAUAGGUACUGCUGCUGGAAUGGAGAAAUAGGUUAUUUUCUCCCCCAUCACCUCUGUUAUGUAAUUACCAUGUAGAAUACCUUAUAAUUCUUAAGUAGAGUUGCAUUCAAAAUUUGACUGUAGAGAAAAUUAUUUUAAUCACUGUAUUUAUGUUAGCAUGUUAAUUAAUUGUGUAAGAUGUUUUGAAACUCCACUACUUUCAUUCAUAUCAGACCUGUGGCUUUGUGCCAUAAUAAAAUUGAAAGAACCUGUGUAAUAUUAUGCAAGCAGUUGUUUAAUUUCAACUGUGAAUUCCUGUUUCCCCUGAUUUUUAUCUGCAGUUAAUUGAAAGAAUUUUUCUUCUUCUUUGCAUUCAGUUUCAAUAGGUUAAACACUAAAUUUAAUGAUUAUCUUAUGUAACAUUACUGCAUUUUUUUAAUGUUUAUGUAUAGUUUGCAAAAU